AUGGCUCUCUUCGCUCGUCAAGUUACAACACUGACGCUGAAGAACAUUUAUAUUGCCUUCAUUCGCCAUUGGUUCUCCACCACCAUUCGAGCAUUUCUCCUCCCAGUCAUCUUCGUGGGAUUCCUGUCAUAUGCUCGAUAUCUCUUCAUCCCGCCUUCGGUCUUUGGCAUAGGGGAGCCGACCGAUGUUCGAAGCCUUCCCUCCGCCCUCGAGCUUGUAUCUGGAGGCAGAGAUAAGCUUGUGUUCGUGGAUAGUGGUUUCUCCGAUGGACCUAUCGACGCGGUCAUCAAUCGAGUUAUCGCAGGCAUAGGUCCUUUCGGAGGUCGCGUGGAAAGACUGUCACAAGAGGAAGACCUUUUAACAACAUGCCGAAACUCCAUUCGUGGAACGUCAACAUGUAUAGCAGGCGCUGUGUUCUUCUCGUCGCCGGCUGAAGGAGAUGGCGGUCGUUGGAAUUAUUCGAUAAGAGCUGAUGGAGGCCUGGCCACAAAAAUUGUGACCGAUUCGUCCAAGAAUGACGUGGAGGUUUACUUACUUCCUUUACAACAUGCAAUUGACCAUGCGAUAUCUAAAGAAGAGAGCGGCAGUAAUGGUGCUUCAACGCUACCUGAUAUUGUCCAGGAAUUUCCAUACACGUCGCAGACGAAGGAGCAACGUCAAGCACGCAUUCGUACACGAUAUAUGGGCGGUAUCAUCGAUAUCCUGGCCGUUGCUUUCUUCAUCGGCGUCGUCGGUGUGACAUACCAAUUGACCGGUAUCAUAGCGACAGAAAGAGAGAUCGGAAUGGCUCAGCUGCUGGACUGUAUGAUGCCAAAUUCCAAGAGGUGGCAACCGCAAAUGGCAAGAAUUAUAGGAAACCAUCUUGCCCUGGACAUCCUCUAUGGUCCAGGUUGGAUCAUCAUGGCAAUCAUCCUUUCUGUUGGCGUUUUUUCUAAUACGUCCGCGGCAAUCGUCAUAAUUUUUAACAUCUUAUCAGGUCUCGCUAUGUCGUCCUUGUCGAUUUUGGGAGCAGCAUUUUUCAAAAAGGCUCAGCUCAGCGGCAUCACUUCAGUCAUCAUCAGUCUCCUACUGGCCAUCGUAGCUCAAGUCGCGUCAAAAGCCGGAACUGCCUCGGUUGCUAUUCUUUCCUUGCUCUUUCCUCCCAUGAACUAUGUUUACUUCACAAUAUUCAUGGCUCGUUGGGAGAGACAGGAUCUCGCAACAAAUAUGGUCAAACGAGCGCCAGAGAAUACAUCUGCCUUGCCUGGCAUUGCAUUCUGGAUUUUUUCGAUAUUUCAGAUCAUUGUAUUCCCAAUAAUUGGUGCUUAUGUGGAAAGGGCGUUUUAUGGUACGGCAUCAAAGAGCCGCAAAACCAAUUAUUCGGACUCGCUCACAGCAGUGUCGCUCGUUGGCUUUACCAAAGAGUAUAUGCCUUCACUACUUGCACGAUUACGUUCAUUGAUAAGCCGACGUCGUCCAAAGAGUGUUCUGGCGGUUGACAACUUGACUUUAAAUGCAGUGAAAGGACAGAUAAUGGUUCUGCUAGGCGCGAAUGGGAGUGGCAAAUCUACAACACUGGAUGCAAUUGCAGGACUGAAUUCCAUUACUUCUGGAGAGAUUGAUAUCAAUUACCCCGAUGCCAAUACUGGACUAGGAUUGUGCCCUCAAAAGAAUGUCCUCUGGGAUGACCUGACCGUCGAAGAGCACGUCCGCAUUUUCAACCGACUCAAGAGCAAGAAGCCUUCCACCAAGGGAGAAAAUCUCACUCUUCUCGAGCAGUGUGAUAUCUCUCCGAAGGCACGCGCCCAAUCAAAAACUCUCUCUGGUGGUCAGAAACGCAAACUCCAACUCGCAAUGAUGUUCACGGGUGGUUCGCGGGUGUGCUGUAUCGACGAAGUUUCAUCCGGACUUGACCCUCUCUCAAGACGGAAGAUAUGGGAUAUUUUACUUGCGGAGCGUGGUGAUCGAUCCAUUAUUCUUACCACGCAUUUCCUUGAUGAAGCCGAGCUACUGGCUGAUCAUAUUGCAAUCUUAUCCAAGGGUUCGUUGAAAGCAUCUGGAACUUCUGUAGAGCUGAAACACAAAUUGGGAUCCGGAUAUCGGGUUCAUGUUUACAAGACACACGGUGGGGUUGACUUACCGGACUAUGAUGACAUCGAUCAUAUCUCGCAGCGUGAUCAAACUGUUUAUCAACUCACCAAUUCCGAGCAAACUGCAAGUUUUCUUGGCCGGAUCGAAGCGGCUGGAGUUUUUGAAUACCAGGUUAAUGGUCCGACCAUUGAGGACGUCUUUCUCAAAGUCGCUGAAGAAGUAAAGAGUCCCGAAGUGGAAUCUACAGCAAUCACGAAGGCAAUGACAGAUGAUAAGUUGCCUAAGGACGGCAGCCGGAGCAGUGGUGGUGAUGAGCCGGCGAACAACGACCAGAAGAAUACCUCCAAGCUCGUGAUUCAAGAUCAUACACUCGCGAAUGUCCCUAAAUUGCUCGACGGUCGACGAAUCAGUAUGCCACGACAAGCCGUGGUCUUGUUCUCGAAGAGGUUGGUCGUGCUUCGGCGCAAUACUCUGCCAUACCUUGCUGCUUUCUUCAUACCAAUCAUUGCAGCAGGUCUUGUGUCGCUAUUCUUGAAAAAUUUCCAAAAGGCAGGCUGUAGUCCGGAGGCGACAGUCGAUAUUUCAGAUAUCAUCUCGCUGUCAACACAAAUCGAUUACCAACUAGUCGCUGGACCAAGGGAUCGUUUGGGACAAGCCUCAAUUCAAACAUUCGCCACGUCUUUGGCUGGUAGCUCUGGAGUCGCCAGUGUUGCAGAGAACAUGACGCAGCUUCUGGAGUCACUGCAUCUUGUGGACACUCUAGACGAAUUCAACGACUACAUUGCAAACAACUUCGCCAAUGUUAUGCCAGGAGGUUUCUUUCUUGGAGAUGAAUCUGCGCCUCCAACAUUUGCCUGGCGCGGGAAUGGUAACAUUGCCUUCUCAGUCAUCAUACAGAACGCACUCGACACACUCCUGACCAAUGUGUCCAUCUCUAAUCAGUACCAGGCGUUUGAUACUCCGUGGCCAGAGGAUGUUGGAAAAGCACUUCAAUUGAUUACUUACUUUGGGCUGGCUAUGGCCGUGUAUCCUUCGUUCUUCGCUCUGUACCCAACUGUGGAGCGGCUGCGCAAUGUCAGAGGUCUACACUACAGCAACGGAGUUCGUUCAGCACCACUGUGGCUCGCGUACACGGCCUUCGACUUUGUUAUUGUCCUCGUCAACAGCUCAAUCGCCAUCAUCAUUUUCCGAGCCGUCAGCAGCGAAUGGUAUAACAUUGGAUAUCUGUUCGUUGUCUUCUUCCUCUAUGGCCUAGCGUCCACUUUGUUGUCAUACGUGAUCUCGCUUUUCUCAAGAUCACAGCUGGCGGCUUUUGCAUUUGCCGCUGGAGGACAGGCUGUGAUGUUUCUACUUUACUUCAUUGCAUAUAUGAGUGUACUGACAUAUUCCCCAAUCGACAAAAUCGACAGCUACGUCAACAUCAGCCACUUCACGAUCGCAUCUAUAUCACCAGUGGCCAACUUGACAAGAGCGCUCUUCAUCGCCCUGAAUAUCUUCUCUCUAACGUGUCGAGGUCGCGAAUAUGCGUCCUACCCUGGAGCAAUGACAGUCUUUGGCGGUCCAAUCUUGUAUCUGAUAUUACAAUCAUUUGCAUUGUUUGGUUUACUUCUUUGGUGGGACUCCGGUCCAUUGUUGCGCAAAUUGCGCGGUAGGCAACAAGAAGAGGAAGUUGAGGAGAAAGAUACCGUUGAAGCAGAAGUCUCAAACGAACUUACUCGUGUCAACACCUCCGAGGAUGGCCUACGAGUCAUGAAUCUUUCGAAGCGCUUUGGUAAAAAUCUGGCAGUCAACAAUGUCACAUUUGGAGUUCCGAGGAGCGAGGUGUUUGCCUUGCUUGGACCGAACGGGGCUGGCAAAUCAACUACGAUAUCCCUCAUUCGAGGCGACAUUCAGCCUUCUCGCCGAGGUGGUGACAUUCUGGUUGACGGACAUUCAGUCAUCCGCCACCGUGCUCAAGCUCGAUCAAGGCUCGGAGUGUGUCCUCAGUUCGACGCUAUGGACACUAUGACCGUGGCAGAACAUCUCAACUUCUAUGCCAAAGUACGCGGUGUCACUGACCCGGCACAUAACGUGGAGGCUGUGAUGAAGGCGGUUGGCUUGGAGCCUUACGCUGAUCGCAUGGCCGCAAAGUUAUCUGGAGGCAACAAGCGGAAGUUGUCACUUGGUAUUGCAUUGAUGGGUAAUCCUAGUGUGCUCCUCCUUGACGAGCCUUCAUCUGGAAUGGACGCAGCAAGCAAACGAGUGAUGUGGCGGACACUCGAGUCUGUCAUACCAGGACGAUCACUUGUUCUCACCACACAUUCGAUGGAAGAGGCUGAUGCCCUUGCUACGCGUGCUGGCAUCAUGGCAGGCAAAAUGCUCGCUCUUGGGACGACUGAGAAUCUGCGACGAAAGCACGGAGAUGCGUAUUACGUGCACCUGGUCCAUAAGCACGCCCCGCAUGCAUCGGAUGACGAGAUGCAGCGUAUCCGUGACUGGAUUAUCGAAAAUUUCCCGGACGCAGACGUUGAGAGCAAGAUAUACGCUGGCCAGAUCCGAUUCGCGGUCCCCACAGCCUCGCUGCGCUCUAAAAGUGAAGAGGGUGGUAGCGGAUCUGGUAUCGCGUUAUUGUUCACCGCACUGGAGAAGAGCAAGGCUGAACUGCAAAUUGAAUAUUACAGUGUUAGCCGAGCCACAUUGGAUCAGGUUUUCUUGAAUAUUGUGGGCAAACAUAAUGUCGAAGAGGAAGGCGCGGAAGAUCAGCGAUCCACUGCUCAAUCCAGUAAGAAGACGUCGGCCAUUUUUUCGAGCAUUCGAGGACGAAUGAAGAAAGGCCAGAAUGAGUGA